AUGACAAUAGACAACUCCACCACAGAAACUAUUUCUUCGGUGAUUUUUGAUGGGGAAAGCAUUGUCACCCCGGAACUCCGGAGUGAUUGGUAUUUCUUGGUUGAGCCGGAACACGGUGAAGUUAAUGUUGCCGGAGAAAUAACGGAUAAAUCAAGUAACAGAAAACGGUUUCCUGUCCCGAUUCGCACUCAAAACUGGGGUAAUGCCGCAGCAAACAAAAUGCCAUUUGGUGUUAUGCUCUGA